CGUCAAUGGGAAUUUCCAGCGAGGAAGUAACAUUGCAUCAAAUACACUGUUGGGCAGAUACUCCUACAUUUUUCCUUGAAAGGGAAAAGAAACUGAUUUUCUUUAUCAUAAACGUUCAUGUAGGACAAAUAAAAGCUGUUGGUUUACACAUAUUGAUCCUUAGUUUGUUAACGAAAGAUUUCAUUUAUAUACAUGUAACACAUUGGAAAUGGCGGAGUAAUUUGUAUUGCAGCACUUGAUCGCACUUUUCAAAAUCAGCUUCACAUUCUUCCAAAUAAUUCUGGACGUUCAGAAUAAGGUACUGCUUGGAGACAUUGCUGCAUAUUUUCAUCACCCCUCACAACUUCCAGGACUGUUUUAAGAAACUAGGAUAGCAUGGCUGAUGAAGCUUCUUAUCUGGUGGGGCAAGGGCACCAUAUGUUUGAAAUAGACCAGUUUUCAACUUUAAUGGGAAUGGAGCCUUUUACUUUUCCUAACAUGGCGGCCACCAAUUCACUACGAAUAGCAGAUGGACCAUACCUCCAAAUUAUAGAACAACCUAAACAGAGAGGCUUUCGUUUCCGCUACGGGUGUGAGGGACCAUCGCAUGGUGGAUUGCCUGGCGCUUCAAGCGAGAAGAACAGGAAGUCCUUCCCACAAGUCAAGAUAUGCAACUAUCAGGGACCAGCAAAGAUCGUCGUUCAGCUCGUGACCCAUUCCAAAGAGGUACGCCUGCAUGCGCACAGCCUGGUUGGAAAGCAGUGUGACAAAGGGAUAUGUGUGGCUGACCUGCAACCCAAAGAUACAAGCAUUAGUUUUCCAAACCUGGGUAUUCUUCAUGUCACUAAAAAGAACGUAAGCAAGACCUUGGAGGACAGAAUGAUUCAGGCGUACAGAUUGGGCUACAACUACGGCAUCUCUAUUCACCCAGAAAUAAAUUGUUUACAGACUGAGGGGCGGGUAUCAAGAGAACUCACAGAUCACCAGAGAAGCCUCAUUGCUAAUGCUGCCAUCAGUCAGACAAAGGAGAUGGAUCUCAGUGUGGUUCAGCUGAUGUUUACAGCGUUCUUGCCUGACAGUGAUGGUGGAUUCACAAGGCGGCUGGACCCCGUCAUUUCAGAUCCAAUUUUUGACAGCAAAGCCCCAAAUGCCUCUAAUUUAAAGAUUGUAAGGAUGGACCGCACAGCUGGCUGUGUUACUGGGGGUGAAGAGGUCUAUCUGCUUUGUGAUAAGGUUCAAAAAGAUGACAUCCAGGUUCGGUUCUAUGAGGAGGAUGAAACAGGAGGAUACUGGGAAGCUUUUGGAGAUUUUUCACCCACAGAUGUGCACAGACAGUUUGCUAUAGUCUUUAAGACUCCAAAAUACCGGGACCUCAACUUGCAAAAACCAACCUCUGUGUUUGUCCAGUUGAAAAGAAAGUCUGACAAUGAGACAAGUGAACCAAAGCCCUUCACUUACCAUCCACAGGUUAUAGAUAAGGAGGAGGUCCAGAGGAAGCGUCAGAAGACACUGCCCAGCUUUCCGGAUUAUGGUGCUGGAGCUGGUGGAGGGGGAGGAGGGAUGUACGGUGGGGCAGGAGGGGCUCCGGGAACAGGAGGGGCUGGAUUUAAUUACCAAGGAUACCCAAACUAUAAUAAUUUUGGAAGCCGCUACCCAUAUUCUGGUGGUCCCAGCAGCUCCGGUACUGGAAUGAAACAUGCUUCGAAGGGCCCUGCAGAUGAUGGCGAUGACAGUGACUUGGAUGACGAUAGUGAGGCCCAGUGUAAUCCGAGGAUUAGCUGCAAGGAGAAGUCCGAAGACAUGCAAAAAGCCUCUGAGGAGGAGAGUACAUCAGAUGGAGUGGAUCAGGGCCCUGCUGAAGAUUCACUGAAGACGGCAGUCACUGAAGUCGACCUACUAUUCGCUGAAAAGGCUAUGCAGCUUGCUAAGCGACAUGCAGACGCACUCUUUAGUUACGCAGUCACUGGGGAUGUGAGGAUGUUGCUGGCAGUUCAGAGACCCCUCAUGGCAGUUCAGGAUGAAAACGGAGAUACCGGCUUGCACCUUGGUGUUAUCCACCACAGAUCUGAGACUGCUAAAAAUCUUAUUGAAGUGAUUUCCUGUAUUCCUGGGGAGGAUGUGAUCAACAUGAGGAAUGACCUCUACCAGACUCCUUUACACUUGGCUGUUAUUACACAGCAAGCAGACGCCGUGGAAGCUUUGUUAAAAGCCAAUGCCGAUUUAAGUCUCACAGAUCGCCAUGGCAACACAGCUUUACACCUGGCUGCCAAGCAAGGAGAUUCUGAGAUUCUGAGCCUUCUACUCCAACACCAGGAAGCAGCUAAACUGAUUAAUCUUCCUAACAGUGAAGGUUUGAGUGCUCUUCAUUUGGCAGUGCUGGCCAAUAGCUUGCCGUCUCUUAGAGAGCUUAUCUCUUAUGGAGUGGAUGUUGAAGAAUGCGAGCAGAGUUCAGGUCGAACUGCACUACAUCUGGCAGUAGAGCAGGAGAACAUCUCUUUAGCUGGGAGCCUUCUCCUUGAAGGCAGUGCUCAUGUGGAUUCCUCUACAUACGAUGGGUCUACUCCUCUCCACAUAGCAGCUGGAAGGGGCUCCGUCAAAAUGACUGCGCUUCUCAUGGCAGCCGGAGCCAAUGCACAUAAAGAGAACUGUGAACCCCUGUAUGACACUGAUGACAGAGACUGUGAAGAGGAGGUGGGGGAUGAGGAUGAAGGGUUUGUUCCAGGGACCACCCCUUUGGACAUGGCACUCACUGAUGAGGUCUUUGAUCUACUGAAUGGAAAACAGUAUGAACCGAAGUUAAAGUCUUCCAGUUUACCGCCACAAGGUGAUAUGAAUGAUCUCAGUGAAGAAGUGAAGCAGGAGCUGUACAAAGUCCUGGAGCUGCCUGGUCAGAGCUGGGAGGUCCUGGCACAGCAGCUAGGAUUAGGAGUCCUAAACAGUGCCUUCAAGUUAAGCCCAUCACCAGCCAAAACACUGCUGGAGAGCUACCAGGUUUCUGGUGGUACUAUAAUGGAACUGCUAGAUGGUUUAAAAUCAGUGGGUAACUCUGAAGCUGUUGAAAUUGUUCAGAAAGCUUUAUGUGGUGCAACGCAUGAGAACGAGGACACCCCUGCUCCAGACUCGCCUGCUCUUGCCGAACAGCAGACAGGUGUCCAGCUUCCAAACCGACUGUUGGAUCUCAAGAACUACAGCAGUGAAGACAAUAGCGCAUGUGACAGUGGGGUAGAAACAUCUUUUAGGAAGUUUAGCCUCUAUUCUUCUGAAUCGCUGAAUUGUACUCCAGAAGAAUUGGGAUUAUCUGGAAUAUCCAAGGUCCCUAAGCAAGGCUUUGCUGUUGAGGGAGAAUUAUAACAUGACAAGAUAGUCCGUUUUCAAUCCAUAACAGAAAUAUUAGGGCUUUGUUUGGUUUAUUUUAAACCAUUGCAGUACAGCAGCAGUACAGUCCAGUUUGCAGUUCUUGUGUCUUGCAUUCAAUGCAUUCGCUGUCCUCCAGGGGGUUGUCGGCACAAUUUUACUGUUUCAAAAUGAAUGGAUUUCUAAAAAGCAAAUACCAGAUAAUUCUGCCUAACUGACUACCAACUGAUCUUGUUAUUAAUAUAGUCAAAUGACCUUUUCCUUUAAUGAUGUAAACUUAGGAAUUUACUUUUUUUCUGGCUUUGAAAUUGACAAUGUUAUUAAGCUUUAAUAACUAACAUUUGUGUUUUUCAUUAAAUUAAGUGUGUUGUAUUGCAGGGAUCAAAGUUCCAGAAAUUGCACAGAAAUAACCAGAUUUGAAAAUUCUGUGCAGUCAUACAAAGCAUAACACAAGCAAAAUAUUGUGAUUGUCUGCAUGGCAGUCAGUCAGCCAGGCAUAUCUCAUACAGUUAAGUGUUGUUUUAACCAUUUAUCUUAAUGCUAGUGGUGUCAAGACAUACAUUUUAAUUAUAACAAAAAUUGCAGUAUUGUAAUUCAAAGAUAUUUAAGCAGAUAAAUGAUUGUAAUCUUCAGUAAAUUCCACAAGAUGAAAUAAAACAUAUUCUGAUUAAAUUAAUGUUCUUUUAUCUUUGACAUCUGUGAUCUAAAAACCAUCUACAACUACCAGGCAACUGUACUUGGUGUUUGCCUGUGGAGUAUUUUUUAUAGAAAUGCAAGUGGUUUAUGAGGUCACUUAGGUUUAGUUGAAAAACAAAUCCUGCAAUUGACAGAAAUUGAAAAAGUGUUUUGCAAAUAAAGAGUAAAUUAAACAAUUUAAGUUUUUUUUUUUUUUUAAGCUACAGGAGUUAUAUUUAAUUUUGUGCUUAAGCCUUAUUAUUCAGUAUGACUUGUAUGCUUUACUUACUGUAUUAGUUACUGUGAUAAUGUGUACAUUUCUAGAAGAUGUACCUUUUAAAUAUGCAUUGGUUUGUCGGGAUUGGUGCAGUCAGGUGUUAUGAAUUAACUCAAAGAGUUUGUAUAGUUUGUUAUAAUAUUUUAUGUAGAUUGGUUUGUUAGUUUAAAUUCUUGUAGUACAGAGCUUGCACUACAGCCUUGUUAUAUUGUUUUAUCCUUCUAAAAGAAAUGUGGCCAAGUUACAUUAUUCACCAUGCUUUUUUAAAAAUAUUUAUCCCUUGCCAUUAAGAGUGAACCCAAAGUUCUGUUAUACUGUGAUAUAACAUGGACAAGGUUUCAGAUUUUGAUAUUGUAUUGCUUUUUUUAUUGCAUUUCCAAAUAUGGUUUAAUUCUUCAGUUUUAUUCUGUAAAUAUCUGCAGUAGUAGUAAGCUUAUGUGUACUACUUGUUUUAAUCUUGCUUUACAGUGGCAUAAUUGUAAUACAUUUUUAUAAUAAAAGAAAAACAAAA